GUGGGUGUCAGUGGGAGAGUGUGUGUAUGUGUGCCCAGGUGCCAGAAUAGGGGCUGAGAGAAGUCAGCUCCAGGACAUUAUAGCUGAAGGAGAGUGGACAGAGCUCUCUGAGGGGGCCCUGACAACUAUGGAGCAAACGCAUUGAGGGCCCCCCCAGAAAGACAAAAAGACAGAUAAACGGACAGAAACACAGAAAAGGGGAAGGUAUCACACAAUAAUGGUGUCAGAAGAGGUUAUAAUCACCUUGUCCGGUGGAGCACCAUGGGGCUUUCGUCUCCAGGGGGGCGUGGAGCACCAGAAACCACUUCAGGUGGCCAAGGUGCGUAAGCGCAGUAAGGCGUGCAGGGCAGGACUGCGGGAGGGUGAUGAGCUGGUGUCCAUCAACAACCAGCCAUGUGGAGGUCUGUCCCACGCCCAGGCCAUGACCAUAAUCGACAGCUCCCCAGGAAUACUACACAUCCAGGUCAAGAGGGCGCCGGCAGGCUUCCAGUCCGUGGUGCUGUUGACCCGCGCCCCAUCACCCCGUAUCGACAAAGAGUACCGAGCCACCCUGCGUACCAUGUCCCCCUCUUCCAGACUGCACCACACAGCCACUAUCAUGGAGGUCCCCCAUGGCAGGUCCUCCCUCCUAUCCCCCAUGGUGCGCAGAAGCAUCACCUCGCCCCCAGGCAGUGAGGCCUACUACGGGGAGACAGACAGUGACGCAGAAGUGGCGGCCAACGAGAGGCAGAGGAGGCAGAAGCACAGAAAUCCCAGCAACUUACCCGGAAAAGCCUUCGGUAGAGCCUCCCCGGAGGGAGGGGAGACCUCAGAGUUUAGCGGCUAUGACAGUGCCCCAGAUGCCCGGGUCUACCCAGGGCUCCAGGGCCACGGGUUACUGGAUGGCAGAGGAGGGGGGGAGGGCCUGCCAGGGGUGGCCCGCAGGGAGGUGAUCUACCAGCCCCCUCCAGGGAUGUGGUCCUCCCAGACCUCCACAGAGACAUCCUCCAUCAUCUCCUCGGUUGAGGACCAGGUCUCAGGGCAGGACAGAGUGGUGGAGGAGGACAGAACCUUCCAGGAGCCAUCCAACGUUGUCCCACUGGUGUCACCCGAGAGGGCCAAGGAGGCCAUGCAGCUGAGCUCCCGUAGGCAGAUGGUGCCCAUGGUGGGGCCUAUAGACACCCCUCUGGACGAGGAGCUCAGUGUCACCUACACGGACAAGGCCAAGCAAGCCAAACUGAACCGGGGUGAUACGGUUCAAGACAAAAAGGUGAAGGAGGCCAGAACCAAGUGCCGCUCUAUCGCCUCCCUUCUGACAGACGCCCCCAACCCCAACUCCAAGGGCGUGCUGAUGUUCAAGAAGCGCAGGCAGCGCUCCAAGAAGUACACGCUGACCAGCUUCGGCAGCGUGGACGAGGACAUGCAGCACAAUUCCCCAGAGGAAGACGGUCUCUUCCCAGGAAGCGAGUCGGAGUUUGAUGAGGAUGGCUUCUCGGCCGCCCCCGACACCACCUGGGACAGUGACUACCUGGAUGCGCUGGAGAAGAGGGCGACCGCAGGUGGAGAGCGAGGGGACGGGACAGAAGAUGCCACUAGUCCCGGCCUGAGUGACAUCUCUGGGAAGGGCGCCCAGCUGUUUGAGCAGCAGAGGAAGAGGGCGGCCGAGCACGCCAAGAAGGUGGCUGCCGCCCAACCUCAGAUAAGGACCCAAUCACUGAACCAAAUACAGAUCCAGGAGCAGCCUCAGCCUUAUGCACAGAGCCAGCCCCAGCCAGAAACACAACAACAGAUGUACCAGCCUCAGCAGCCUAUGGCACCACCGCCCCCUGUAGCCUUCCAGGAGGAGGCUCGGUCUGUGGCAGAGAGGCCUAUGGCACCGCCCCCAGCUGCUCCUACUGCCUACAGCAUGGCUAAUGGAGACGUUGCCUACUCUCCAGUGAGCACGGCUGGCAUGGUGAUGUCACCCCUGACUGUGGCACCCAACCCAAUCCCCACCCAAGUGUCGAUCUUAACCACUCACAUACCUCCACCCCAAACACCGCUGCCAGAACUCUCCUCCAGCUCUGUGCUCAACAGAACCGCCCGCCCCUUCAACCCAGGGUUUGUGACCAACCGAGCCGCCACCGCUCCUGUUGUGUUCCGCCCUGUCGUCACCAAAAGCGCCCCGCGCCCGGCGACCUCGGUGUCUAUUGUAGGACCUCCCUUCUCCACCUCAUCAGAGCCGCCUCCAAGUGGUAAUCCCGCCUUCUUCUCUCCCCCGUCCUCUGUGUCCAGAGGACCCUUCUCCACCUCCGCCUCAGCACUGGCCACUCAUCCCCGUCCUGCCUUCUCUGUGGAGAACCUGGCAGAACCACCCAUGCCCUCUGUUCAACAGGUGUCCUUCACAGCCAUACCUCCACCCCCAGCACAAUUCUCAGGUGGCCCCAUACCCCCACCUCCAGGAUCAUUUGCCAAUGUACCCACAAUUCCACCUCCAUCACCAUUCUCAGGUGCACCCAUACCCCAAGCCCCAGUCUCAGUGGCUCAAUCAGCCCCAGCUCCAGUGUCUUUCGACCCUAUACACCAACCUCAAGUUUCUGUUGCCCAGAUGCCCCAAGCUUCUGUCUCAGUUGUCCCACUCCCAAACCCCACAACCCCAACACCUAUACUCAGAUCCCCCAUGUCCAAGGUCCCACCUGCCCCUGGUGGUCGUACCGGCAUCCUCCUGGAGGCUCGUCGGCACAGCGGCAGGAGGCCCAUGUUUCGAGUCCCUGCUGAGAAGAAGAACUCUCCAAACCCUGACCUGCUGAACAUGGUGCAGAACCUGGAUGACAGGCCCCGCUACAGAAGCUACUCAGAGAGUGUGAUGGGCUUUGAGUCAGGUGCAGAGGAAGACCAGGGUGCUGAAGUCUGCCGGGGAAAGAUGCCUCCACUGGUGGCCCCCAAACCCAGGGUCAUCCACGAGGCCCCUCAGAUCCCCCAGGAAGAAGGCAAGGGGGCUCAGCUGUUUGCCCGCAGGCAGAGCCGCAUGGACCGGUAUGUGGUAGACACACCUCAGGAGACCGCCUACCGGCAGGAGGUCUCCCGCCCAGGGGUCGAGCCCCAGGAUGCUCCCAACCCCAAUAUCAACUCACAGUGGAAGUUAUCCCCCAACAUCCGCGCCCCCCCGCCUAUCGGCUACAACCCUCUGCUGGCCCCCUCCUGUCCUGUGGGGCCACAGAGAGAUACCAGCAGGUCUGACAGGGGGGACUGGGGAGGCAAAGGAGGGAUCACCUUUCAGAGGGAGGGAAUCAAAGCUCUGGAUUUCAUGAGAAGGCAGCCUUACCAGCUCAACUCAGCUAUGUUCGGGGGUAGUGUUGCCAAGCUGUCGGCGAUUCCCUCCUACCAGGACCAGAGACAUCAGCAGGGAGGGUACACUACUAUGGUGGGCAGCACCAUGACCCCUCCCAGACAGAUCCCAGUCAAAGCGGCCCGUGUGUAUGAGAUCAAACGCUUCUCCACACCCACGCCCAUGUCAGCCCCGAGCCUGGCCCCCACCGUGAUCGCUCCUCGCUCAGCCACAACGCUGGGAGAGCGCCUGACCCGCUCCGAUAUGAUCUCCCCAACCCCUGCUCCUCUCUCCCCACCCCCUGCCCCUUUCUUUGCCCCAGCUCCUGUCUCUGCCUCACCUUCCGUCCUUGCUCCUACCUAUUCAGGGGGCCUGCCUGGACUGCCCAGAAUCAAUGUUACCCCUGUCCGCAACCCCAUCCCCAUCCCCCACCCAGCACCCUAUCCUGGAGUGUCCUACAGUGGGCUCCAAGGAGCCAAGCAGUUUCAGAGUGCCCCUGAGCUUAGUUUCCUUGCUAACCUUCCCACUCCCCUAAGGGCGAAUGCCAUGCAGGCGCCAAAACCCCGCUUCAUCGCCACCAAGGUGGGCGUCCAGCCGUGUGUGUGGAGACCAGGUGCCAUGUGAUCAGGUGGGAGUGGGAGAUCAUGUCUGUCACUAAGAACUGGACACAUCUCAGCCCUAAAACAAAUAUCUGCAAAACAAUAAAGUAAUAAGGUGGUCAAAUACUGAUCAAUGAGCUUGUUCAGUACCUAACAAAAAUGUUUUUACGAGUGCCUUGCAAAAGUAUUCAUCCCCCCGUUUUUCCUAUUUUGUUGCAUUACAACCUGUAAUUUGAAUUGAUUAUAAUUUACAUAUCAUGUCAUGGGCAUACACAAAAUACUCCAAAUUGGUGAAGUGAAAUGAAAAAAAUAACUUACAAACGGAAAAAAAUUACAAACGGAAAAGUGGUGCUUGCAUAUGUAUUCACUCCCUUUGCUAUGAAGCCCCUAAAUAAGAUCUGGUGCAACCAAUUACCUUCAGAAGUCACAUAAUUAGUUAAAUAAAGUCCACUUGUGUGCAAUCUAAGUGUCACAUGAUCUGUCACAUGAUCUCAGUAUAUAUACACCUGUUCUGAAAGGCCCCAUAGUCUGCAACACCACUAAGCAAGGGGCACCACCAAGCAAGCGGCACCAUGAAGACCAAGGAGCUCUCCAAACAGGUUAGGGACAAAGUUGUGGAGAAGUACAGAUUAGGGUUGGGUUAUAAAAGCAUCUGAAGCUUUGAUCAUCCCACAGAGCACCAUUAAAUCCAUUAUUAAAAAAUGGAAAGAAUAUGGCACCACAACAAACCUGCCAAGAGAGGGCUGCCCACCAAAACUCACAGACCAGGCAAGGAGGGCAUUAAUCAGAGAGGCAACAGAGACCAAAGAUAACCCUGAAGGAGCUGUAAAGCUCCACAGCGGAGAUUGCAGUAUCUGUCCAUAGGACCACUUUAAGCCGUACACUCCACAGAGCUGGGCUUUACAGAAGAGUGGCCAGAAAAAAAGCCAUUGCUUAAAGAAAUAAAUAAGUAAACACAUUUAGUGUUCGCUAAAAGGCACGUGGGAGACUCCCCAAACAUAUGGAAGAAGGUACUCUGGUCAGAUGGGACUAAAAUGUAGCUUUUAGGCCAUCAAAGAAAACGCUAUGUCUGGCACAAACCCAACACCUCUCAUCACCCUGAGAAUACCAUCCCCACAGUGAAGCAUGGUGGUGGCAGCAUCAUGCUGUGGGCAUGUUUUUCAUUGGCAGGGACUGGGAAACUGGUCAGAAUUGAAGGAAUGAUGAAUGGCGCUAAAUACAGGGAAAUUCUUGAGGGAAACCUGUUUCAGUCUUCCAGAGAUUUGAGACUGGGAUGGAGGUUCACCUUCCAGCAGGACAAUGACCCUAAGCAUACUGCAAAAGCAACACUUAAAGAUUGCUGUACACCAGUGGAAACCAUGCAACUUGAAGGAGCUGGAGCAGUUUUGACUUGAAGAAUGGGCAAAAAUCCCAGUGGCUAGAUGUGCUUAUAGAGACAUGCCCCAAGAAACUUGCAGCUGUAAUUGCUGCAAAAGGUGGCUCUACAAAGUAUCGACUUUGGGGGGGGGGGGGGGGGGGGGUGAAUAGUUAUGCAUGCUCAAGUUUUCCGUUUUUUUGUCUUAUUUCUUGUUUGUUUCACAAUGAAAAAUAUUUUGCAUCUUCAAAGUGGUAGGCAUGUUGUGUAAAUCAAAUGACACAAACCCCCCGAAAAUCAAUUUUAAUUACAGUUUGUAAGGCAACAAAAUAGGAAAAAUGCCAAGUGGGGUGAAUACUUUCGCAAGCCACUGUAUUAAGUGUGUUGGAUUGUAGUCAUUUGAAACCCUCACUAAAUGAAGGGUUGAUUGCUGAAACUCAUAAAUGUGUUUCCAUUCACUUGAUUCUUUUCAACCCUUUGGUUUAGUAGAGGGAAGUGCAGUAGAGGUAAUUGGCUAUGAACGUCACAAAGAACUAGCCUCCUACGAACCAUCCUGAUCUCGCAAGAACAGGAUGGUGUGCAUGACGUACACUAAGCACUGCGAUAGGACUUUAAAUCAUAGUCAUCCAUGUGAUUGCAGUCGUAAAUUAGCUUGCCUGACGCACAUGCUGUUGCUGACAUGUGUUUGUCUGGUUUGUCUGUUGAAUCAUUGUCUAUCAGGACAUCUGAAUAGAGGAAUUUGGUCCAGUCACGUCACACGUACACAGUAGUCUACCCACUGUACGCCUGUCCUGGAGGAGGUUUGUGUAAGGCUUAUCUUUCUACACAGUCAGCUAAAUACUGUUUAAAGGGCCAUGGUAGUGAGAAAGUCUGUACUGAAUUAUUCUUUGAAACUUGAAAUGUUGACAUGUAGGAUUUAUUUUGAAAAAAAUAUCACAGGAGGAUUGCUGAGUGCCUGUGUCUUCCCUCUCUGAUGAGAGGACAGAGGAGGAAGAGGUGAGGCUAACUCAGAGAGUGGUGAAAACAGGGGGGGGUCAGAGCAGCGCUGAUUCAAUGUCAGACGAGUGCCAAGUACCAUGAUGCUUCAGUCAGAGGAAACCACUGACAUUUGGACCUGUCCAAAAGAGGUCAUUGCUCAGUUUUCAUUGGGCAAUGGCUAGGUCUAAUAUUUAAUGGAUCUGGGGCUGGGGCUCCCUUCCAGUCCGCUUAAGCCCUCCUUGGAAGAUGAGAGGAGGGAGAAGUUCUGUUAGACCUCUCUGCAUUCUGAGUGUUUGUGUUGGUGGUCAGAUCCCUGGCUCCCAGUGGUCAGCGAGAAACGCUAUCUGUUUUGGCUGGGCUCGUAGUCAACAGGUGUCUUGCUAUCCUGUCACUGCCUAUUUGCAGAGCUGAUCAGACAGCGAACCGAACUGGAUGAACACAUUAACCUAGCACUUCCCAGACUAGUGUGCCCUUUCUGGAUGUCUGGUGUCCAUGUCGCCGCUCACGUUGUAUUAAAACAAAUGACACUAAUGAUGGAUGUGUAUUUUUUUUAUUUUAUUGUGACUGAAGUGUUAAAAACAUGAGAGGGGCUGUGGAUAUGGAAGGAGCAGGGACAUACGGUCCCUGCCAAAUGUUUUAAAGGGGUGUCGGUUAUAAACCCAGAGUCAAGGUCCUCACUGGCAUUUAGAGGAGGGGAGAUAUGUCAAAGUGUGAAAUGAGAGAAAAACUUUAGUUUGGAUUUGUCAAGGAUUUCCCACAGCCGUUUAGAAAUGAGAAGAAAGUGACUAGGAAAGCCUGGGUUCUGAGGCCUAGUGAGGGAGGAGGAUAGAGAGAGAAGAGGGACAACCCCAUUGGUGCCUCUGAAACAUGGAGGUGAUCAGGUAGUGUAUAAAAUGGGGGAGUUGACAGAGAAUGAACCCAAUCAUGAAUGGGACCAUAACCGUUCAUAUUAUUCUAACCCUGAAAACAGCUGAUGGCAAUUAACUGCAAAUACAUACAGGCUUUUGGAUAUGGAUAAGACCCCCAUUUACUGACAGGGUUCAUGACUCAUACCUUUCUGAUGGUGGUAAAUGGUGGUUGUUAUUAGUUGUUUUUCAAAUGUAUACAUCUAAUUUAACCCAACAGGCUAUCUGUUGUGUUUAUGUCAUUAUGGGUUUUAAAGUAUGUAAUAUGUUGUGCAUAUGUGUAAAAAUACAAUAAUAGACUUGUAAUUUGAGUGUGAAAAUGUCUGUUAAUAAUUAUGCCGCAGUAAGAGCUUUUCACUGACUGAGAGAUGAGCCAUUUUUAGAGGAAUAAAACAUAGACAUGUC